AUGGAAUUUGAGCCUGGAUUGCUUAUAAAUGACAUUCUUUUUCUUGAAUGUAACUUCUCGGGUGAUGUUUCAAUGCCUAAUUUAGGUCAAACAUCUCUGGAAUCCUUAAAUUUAAGUGAUUGUUAUCAAAAAAGUCAACAAUCACAACAAGAACCUCAGCGCCGUAAGUUAAGAUGGACAAAAGAAGAAGAUCAAAAACUUUUAGAAGCAGUUAGUAAAUAUGGACCACAUAAUUGGGGUUUAAUUUCUAAGCUUAUUGGAACCCGCACUGGUAAGCAAUGUCGUGAGCGAUGGAUAAUUCAUCAUGAUCCUUCUUAUAAUAGAGAUGAAUGGAGUAAAGAAGAAGAUCAGCUUUUAAUCGAUCUUCAAUCGAAAUAUGGAAACAAAUGGUCAGUUAUUGCCAAAAAUAUGAAUAGCAGAUCAACAACAAAUAUCAAGAAUCGAUUUAAGUUCCUUAAUCAUCAUUCUCUCGGUAUAUUCCAGAAGAUUUCCAAUCCUCCACAAACUAAGACAGUGUUGGACUGUGAAACCGUUUCUAAUGAUUUGUGUGUAAUUGGUAAGUCAAUUGAAGAUGAUGAAUUGGUUUCGGAUAACUUUUGUUCAAUAAUUUAUUGA